GUCUGUUCAGGGCUGCGGUGCCCAGCGGAGCAUCCACGGGGAUUUAUGAAGCUCUGGAGCUUCGUGACGGCGACAAGAGCCGCUACAAGGGCAAAGGUGUUUUGAAGGCGGUUGGACACAUCAAUGACACCCUGGCUCCAGCUCUUAUAGCCUCCGGCAUCAGCGUGGUGGAGCAGGAGCAGCUGGACAACACCAUGAUUGAAAUGGAUGGAACGGAAAACAAAUCAACGUUUGGAGCCAACGCCAUCCUGGGUGUGUCUCUAGCGAUCUGUAAGGCCGGUGCAGCGGAGAAAGACGUCCCUCUGUACCGUCACAUAGCCGACCUGGCCGGAAACACAGAACUUGUGCUGCCGGUUCCUGCCUUUAAUGUGAUAAAUGGAGGAUCUCAUGCAGGAAAUAAACUCGCCAUGCAGGAGUUCAUGGUUCUACCUGUCGGGGCCGAGUCUUUCAAGGAGGCGUUGAGGAUAGGAGCCGAGCUCUACCACACUCUGAAGGGAGUGAUUCAGGAGAAAUACGGCCAGGACGCCAUCAACGUGGGCGAUGAGGGGGGAUUUGCUCCCAACAUCUUGGAGAACAGUGAAGCCCUGGACCUGCUGCAGACCGCCAUAGAGAAGGCGGGUUUCACGGAUAAGGUGGUGGUUGGGAUGGACGUGGCCGCUUCAGAGUUUUACCGUGAAGGUAAAUACGACCUGGACUUCAAAUCCCCUCCAGAUUCAUCGCGACACAUCUCUGCAGAUGAGCUGGCUGACAUCUACCAAAGCUUUGUGAACAAUUACCCAGUGGUGUCCAUCGAGGACCCUUUUGACCAGGACGACUGGGAGGCCUGGACCAAUCUGACGGCCCAGGUCGGGAUCCAGGUUGUUGGAGACGACUUGACGGUGACCAACCCAAAGAGGAUAGAAAAAGCUGCUGAGGAGCGAGCCUGCAACUGCCUGCUGCUUAAAGUCAACCAGAUCGGCACCGUCACCGAGGCCAUUCAGGCGUGCAAGCUGGCUCAGGCAAACGGUUGGGGUGUGAUGGUGAGCCAUCGCUCAGGGGAGACGGAGGACACCUUCAUUGCUGACCUCGUGGUGGGACUCUGCACUGGACAGAUUAAAACGGGUGCUCCCUGCAGAUCCGAGCGAUUGGCCAAGUACAACCAGCUCAUGAGGAUUGAAGAAGAGCUGGGCGACCAGGCUCGCUUCGCAGGCCAUAACUUCAGGAACCCCAGCGCCCUGUGAAACCGACCGCCGAAUGACUCACACACGCUCGUGCACGCCAACGCCCACACAAACUGACACCAACGACAAACAAGGAAUGAGCCAUGUACAAAGAACGACCACGCAAAUUCAGGAAAACACGACCGCCGAAGAGCCAAGCGAAAUAAACGAACACAUUUAUGCACUGCACUUAAAAAGGGAGGUGAAACUGUAUGCACAUAAAACACACACACACUCGCACACACACCCAACGUGCACAGAUGCAACACCUGAUGAUGCACAUGCAGGGGAAUACCUUCUAACUAUAAAAGCCAGACAUGCACUGUUACUGUAGGGAUAGUUCACGUCCAGCCGGAAGAGAAACCUGCAAAAAUAAAGAUUAAUGUUGUAAAAACAAAGACGUUAAUAAGUAGAGGUAGAAUAAUUUAGACUGAAAGAGACGGAAAAUGUCUAACUUUUAAGACCAAAACGAGGAUGAUGCAGCUGAGUGAACACGGUAAAACUCCACGCUGUAACUGUGUGAACGCGCUCACCUCCACUCCUCUCACCUCCUCCUCCUCUCUUUGAGCCUCCUCCUCCUCCUCGUCCCGUCUGUGUCUGUGUUCCGUUUGCUUCUCACACCGAUGUGAUCCUGAUUACGUGUCCUUCAUGCUUGAAGUCCUGCCUCUGUCUCAAACGAGAAAAAAUAAAUUGAACUCGAGUGUCUUUGGUUCCCCCUGAAUGUCCACAGAGUAGUGUCGAAACAGAAGAA